AGUAAUAUAUUUCUUUUCCAUUCUCCCCCCAAGACGUCUUUUGGGCUUUGAUUUGAUCCUCGAUUUUUAGUAGUCGUUUCAAUUUAGUCCUUUUCUUUUUCCAUUUUUCUCACCGGAGAGGGAAAGCCCGCGAACCUCGCGCGGCGAAAGGAGGAAUCCCCGUCCGAAGAACUCAUAUCAUAAUCUCUGCUCGAACGGAUAAAGCCGUCCCUCUCUUUCUGUCUCUCUCUGCGGAAUCGAAUUUUGAUGGAAAAAGGCAAGUCGAACGUCGCAUCUGCUGCAGAUUCUCUUCAGGACCUCACGCUGAGCUCCAUUUCGAGCUCCAGACCUAUCCCUAGCUCGACCAGAAUCACCGCCACGCUCCGAUCGACCGGAGUGCCUAAUAAGAAGACAAAACCUCCUCCUAGUUUGGUCACUCUGUGCCUUGGGGUUGUUGGCAAGCACUUGGAGGACAUUGUGUCAGAUUUGGAGGCGAUUGCUGCCAGCUUUCCUGCUGAUGUCAAGAUGGUAAUUGUGGCAAUUGCCAGGAGAAGAAGGUUGUUAGAUGAUAAUGUCAUUCUGUCGUUAGCGGAUAGUUCAUGGGAGAUCCUGGACCUUUCAGGGUCGGAUGUUUCUGACAGUGCGUUAAAGGAGUUAGCCAUAACAUGCAGAUCUCUCCGAGCUGUUGAUAUAAGUCGAUGUGGAAAGAUCACAGCAGCUGGCGUUUCUGAACUUGUGCAACAGUGCCAUUCAUUGGAGACAUUAAGAUGUGGAGGGUGCCCGAGGAGUGAUUAUACAGCACGCAGUUGCGUUGGCAUUUUAAAACCAAAGCUUAAUGAUGCAGCAGGGGACUCGUGGGAGGAACUCGAUACCACUGAAAUUGUUCAUGGUGCACAAUCAUUGCAUUGGCUUGUCUGGCCAAGAAUUGAUAAAGGCUCUCUGGAGAAUCUAGCUACUGAAUGCCCGAGGAUAGUAGUGAACCCGAGGCCAUCCCCGUUUGGUUUGAGAGGGACACAGGUGCCCGGAGAAGCAUUGCCAGAUAUCAUAUUGGAUGAUCCCUUCGUCAAGGAUAUAGAUCCCAAAACUUGGGCGGUUCAGGGAUUUAAACCCAGAGCAAUAUCCCCGUCUCUUUGUGGCUCAUGCGAUGAGCUAUCCAUGGCCGAGAAGUUCAGGCUUGCAUUUUUGGAGAGAGACAAUCGGUUAGCUCCAAAACGGGCAAAGAAUGCAAGACAACAUCAGCGGCGGGCAGAAAGGGAGUGGAUGACAAUGGAUGCAGGUGCAAAGGCAAUAGCUUUGGCCUCUCGAGCAACUAAGUCUCUGCAUGCUAGGAAGCUGAGCUAAGACAUGAGUGUAGGAGCUUUUCCCCAUUUGAUCUCGUAAUGUUUUAUGAUUUCUUCAAUUAUAGUCUAAUAGAAUAUUACCAUGUAAAUGUUGUGGUUUUCUCUGUUAUGAUGGGUAAUAGUUUUCUCCCCCUUUUUGAAUUGAGACUUGUAAUAUGAAUGAGGAGGGAACAUACUAUGUUAACCGACAUGGACCCUAGGAUAUGUAUGCUGGGGCGAUCGGCGAGCUUGACAGGAGCAACUGUUGUUAGUGAUGUGAUGGAAAUGAAUGGACCGGCAUUAGACCCUCUGCA